AUGUGGAGGCGCUCACAAAUAGAUCCCCUGGCUGGGCUCGGCGGCUCUGGGAAUGACACGGGCGGGGGCCACCACUUUCAGUCCAUCCUCCGCCAGCUCCGCAGCGCAGCCCGCAGCUCACCAGGAAGACCGGCGGAACCAGAAGCCAGCAUGUCGGACCAGUCCGCCUUCGACACCGAUGUGUGGACCCUGACGCGGUUCAUCAUCGAGACGGGCCGCCAGGCCAAGGGGGCCACGGGGGAGCUGACCCAGCUCAUCACUGCCAUCCUGACGGCCAUCAAAGCCAUUUCCUCAGCCGUGCGUAAGGCCGGCCUGGCCCACCUGCAGGGCCUGGCGGGGUCCGUCAACGUGACGGGGGACGACCAGAAGAAGCUGGACGUGCUGUCCAACGUCCUGUUCAUUAACAUGCUGCAGGCGUCCUACGGCACCUGCUGCAUGGUGUCCGAGGAGAACGAGGAGCUCAUCAUCACGCCCAAGGACAAGAGGGGGAAGUACGUGGUGUGUUUCGAUCCUCUGGACGGCUCCAGUAACAUUGACUGUUUGGCUUCUAUCGGCACCAUAUUCGCCAUCUACAAGCGGACAACAGAAGGGGAGCCCACAGAUAAAGAUGCCCUGCAGAAAGGAAACACUAUUGUGUGUGCAGGAUACGCCCUGUACGGCAGCGCCACGCUGGUGGCCCUCAGCACCGGAGCCGGGCUCAACUUCUUCCUGCUGGACCCGGCGAUCGGCGAGUUCCUCUUGAUCGAGAGGAACGUGAAGAUCAAGCCAAAGGGAAAGAUCUACAGCAUGAACGAGGGCUACGCCAAGUACUUCGACAAAUCCGUCAACGACUAUAUCCACCACAAGAAGCACCCUAAGGACGGCGGCACCCCCUACGGCGCCCGGUAUGUGGGCUCCAUGGUGUCUGACGUUCACCGCACCAUCGCCUACGGCGGCAUCUUCCUGUACCCCGCCAACGAGAAGAGUCCCAAGGGAAAGCUGAGGCUGCUGUACGAGUGCAACCCCAUCGCCUUCCUCAUCGAGCAGGCGGGCGGCAUCGCCACCACCGGCACCAUGAGGGUUCUGGACGUGCAGCCCGAGGGGCUCCACCAGCGCGUGCCCUUCGUGGUCGGCUCGCCCGACGACGUCAACGAGUACCUGACCUUCGUCAAGAAAUAGUCCUGAAGCAGCUCCCGCCCCCCGUGAAGCUGGGAGGUUUUCCAUGACCACCACCCAGUUCUGGUUCUUUUUAAUCAUGAUAUCUGAGUUACAGAUUCAGUUUUUAUUGGAAAAUGUUCAUAUUUGAUUAAUUAGAUAUGUAUUUGUUCUUCUAUGAGUGAAUAAAGCAAGUUUCUGCAAGUUAA